AUGAUUGGCAAGCAGAUCGUUGCUCUUACUCUGCUCUCCGCUCUGGCGGAUCAGACUCUGGCUGCUCCUGGCCACCAGCACCGCCAGCUCCAUGCUGUCGAGAAGAAGCGAGCAUUGGAGAUCGAAGUGGUCACUAAAAUCGUCACCGUCACCGUCACCUACGGCGCGGAGCCAACCAAGGACGACAAGGGCGGCAUCUUCGUUUCCGUCCCUGACACCACCUCUACUUCUGUCGCCGCCGCUCCAACUGUCGAACAGCAGGUUGACAACCAGAAGCCUGCUUCCUCCAGCAGCUCCGCUCAGGUUCAGGAGAAUGCCAAGCGACCCUCCACCUCUACCUCCACCUCCACUGCUGCUGUCACCACUACUGCUCAGCCUACCACCAUUGCCCAGCCCACAACUACCGCCCAGCCCACAACCACGGUUGUGCCAUCUUCCUCCUCUUCGACCAGUUCGGCGGCCCCGGCAAGCACAUCAGCGUCUUCCGGUGGCUCUGGAGGAUCGAAGCGUGGUAUUGCUUAUAAUGACGGUGCUCUGGCUAGCAAGCUCACCGGUUGCUCCUGGGCCUAUAACUGGGAGACCCAAUCUAAGGGCGGACCCUCUGCCAAGUACAUCCCCACGCUGAAGGACGCCUCUACACAGUGGAUCUCGUGGUUCGAUGAGCAGGUAGCGAACGGAGACUCGCUCACCUCGAGCUCCCUCAAUACCGUAUUCUCUGCGAACGAACCCGACAAUGGAGGACAGGCCGGCGCGACCAUCACGUCCGUUGCCGCGGCUGUCCAAUUCCAAAUCACCCACUUCAGCAAGGACAGCAAAGCUGUUUCGGACUUGAUCAAGAACGCCAAUGUUGGUGCUCCAUCCGUCACAAACGGCCAGGGCGACAACCAGGGUCUCAACUAUCUCAAGCAAUGGGUUGAAUCAUGCAAGGCGACGGACGGUUGCAGAUACGAUUUCUGUAACCUUCACUGGUAUGACAAGAUGGACGCCGAAGACACCCUUUUCUCCAAUCUUGAGAAGGCCCACGAGAUUUGUGGCACACCUGUCUGGCUGACCGAGUUUGCUGCUAUCGACGAAAACGAGGAGGAGAUCGCUAAAUGGCUUCCUGGCGUUCUGAGCAAGCUGGAUGCUUUGGAUUAUGUUCCGAGAUACGCCUACUUCAUGGCUGGAAGUUCUCAGAAAGUUGGUUGGAACCUCUUCAACUCCGAUGGCUCGCUCAACGCCAUUGGCAAGGCUUACACUGGCACCGCUUAG